AUGGAAGAACACAUCUUCGGUCUCCCUCCCCGGUCAGUUGGGGAUCGAAUAGAUGUGGUUGUCGAUGUCCUUGACUCGACGGCUAGUGGCUGUGGGAUUCGCUUGCUCCCUUUCGGUGUCGAGUGCUCUCUGCUUGGCUUGGGGCUUCCCUUGGGCCGUGUCUCGGUUUAUGGAUUGGAGGUCUUCGAAAUUGACCCUUGCUUGGUCCUGGUUCCUUCGGCCGAUUGUUGGUGGCGUAGUGCACCUGAUGCCAAAGAACCGUUGGCUCCUUUCCUGCUUGAGCUCUGCGCUGGCUUUGGCGGCAUGUCCAUUGGCGCCUCUUUCCUUGGCGCUGUCCCUGUGGUUUCGGUGGACUUUUCGCCGCUUUCGGUUCGUCAUUUGAAGGCCAACUCUCAUGGGCAGGUUUUGGCAUUGGACUUGAAUGACCCACAGGCCUCACGUAUCAUUCAUGUCCUGCCGCAAUGGGGGACUUGGAGCGAGCCGGACGAAACCGAGCUACAAUUGGACAUGGAUGAGCUUGCUCUUUACAUGGACCCAAGGGAACUGGCUGCAAUGCUUGGUGUACCCGAUUCUGUUAUCCUUCCAUUGGGACCUCGGGAAAGCAAUUGUCUUCUGGGCCUCAUUGCAUCUCCGAUUCAGAUGGUUUGGAUCUACGGCACCUUGGUUGAGAACUACCAGAUGGCCACUGGAUCCGAAGAGGUCCUCACGGCGCUUGCCACGCUGGAGAACUACAAACGUGAGCUGAUCCGGCAACUGCAUGAUGGAUUUCCGGCUUUCGAUACUCAGCCCAUGCACUUCCAACUUUGGUCCAACGGGGCUUGCCUUGAGAUUAUGUGCAACAGGGCUUCCACCGCGGGCUCAUUGCUCUCUGCGGAACGGAUUCAACUGGAUUGGGGUCACCAUGGUCAGAUUUCAGCCGAGGGCGGCCUCCCUAUCUCGGAUGAUUCACUCCUGCAAGCACAAGGGUCCUACCUUCUUGAGGGUCAUGGAAAGCAGCAAGCAAGAGAACGCCCCACCGGACUCUUGGCCAUUGGUAUCGCUCAUGAGCAAGAGCUGAUCAUUGAAUGUGUUGAGCCCGGCAGCUUUCUCUUCCAGGUACUCCGCAAGCAUAACUUGCAGCACAUCCUCUUUCUGCGUGACGACUUGGGCAGGGUCUAUGGGGCAGAUUUCCGGCUCUGGCGCUCCUUGAGGCUUCUCACAUUGCCUUGGCUAGUCAGCGGAUGGCAUACCUUGGUUGGCAGAGGACCACCUACUCAUGGUUCAGAUGGCACAAGACUUGGACUGGGGGAUCCCAUCAUUUGGACUACACUUCAGAGUGUCGUUCGGCAGCGUGGGCUCAUGGCUGCUGGUCCGGUCUGGGUGUUCUCUCCCAAGCAAGCUAAUACAUUGCUGCGCACUUCUCUUCCUCCUGUGCUUGAAGCGGGGGCUAUCCAGGGCUCUGCGCAGGUGCUUUGCAUCUUCCCUGCAGAUGAGCAUUGGGCGUUACUGCAUGGAAUCAUUCAGGAUGGCCGCAUUGCUUGGACUUAUUUCGAUGGACUUCGUGAUCGGCUCUUUGAAGCAGCAUCUCAGCUUUCUCAGCAGCUUUCUGCCUUGCUCGGCGUAUCGGUCACAAGCUUUACCUCGGCCUCACACUAUACUCAGCAGGCGGAGUACACAUGUGGCACCAUUGCCCUGCUUCAUGCUUGCCUUGCAUUGGGCUUUCCUGGUGGAUUCACCGAAGACAACAUCACACGGAUCCAUGAGCAUCUUCUUCUUCAUGAUCGGAAGGCUGACUUCAUUGGCUACGGGCCUCUUGGGCGGGCCGAUACCCUUUCUGAGCUAGCUAGCCUACUCAGCGAACAUGGAGUCCCUGCAGAACUUUCGCGGGAUAGAGCAACAUUGGUGCUUGAGAAACUUGGGACAUCUUUGGUUCAGUCCGCACUUCGAUCCAAGAUGCCAUGGGCAGCACUCAAGGCUGAAGCCAGCAAGCCUUCGUUUCGUCUACGACUGGUUACACCCUUGGAACUUUCUCAGCAUUUGCAAGAUAGGGAGAAGACCACGUUUGGAGCCUCAGCAUCCAGCAAAAAACAACGAGGUGCCAGGGAGAAGAAGCUGGCUUCCAAGCCUAUCAAAGUGGAUCCCCAGGCAUUGGAACUCUUCCCAGACACUUUUGUCGAUGAGGACGGGAAUCGAGUUGGUGCCAUUGACUUCCAAGAGGUGGCCGCUGAUCAAAGUGGGAUCGCCCUUUGCAACGCUGAGGGGGCGGCUCCCUUCUUCUCAUCCAGCAGUCCCAGCUCGGAUGCCCUGGCCUUAGCUCUCAUUGACCUGCCGGAGGAAGACAUCACCGCUGCUGCGAAGAUUCAGAAAUGCAUGAUUCCCGCCAAGUACAAAGCUACCGAGGAACCAGUUGUCUUUUUCGGAGGUCUUCUUCAACUUGGAGAUGUUGCUGUCAAAAGGAAGGCUUCUCAGAGCAUGCCACAGCCUGCAGUUGUGACCACCACGGUUCUCAAGAUCCAGGCAUAUCGUGAUCUACUGGGCACCUCAUGGGAGGCAGUUUCCAGGGCUCCCAUCCGUGAGCUCGCGGAUGCCACACCGGCAUUGCAACUCUGUAAGGACAGCAAGUGUACAGGGAAGACGACCGAUUGCCAGAAGGCUCAUCCAGCUGUCGAUGAACAGUAUGAUGGGGUAAUUCUUGACCUAUGGAGCCGCCUCUUCACCACCAUGGAGGGUAAGAAGACGGAAGCCAAGGAGGCUGAUUGCUUUUCUGUUUUGAUCCGGGUUCCUUCCUCUAUGGUGUCACAGAUUUUGCAGCAGCAGCCGGUAGGCUUCUUCUUUGAGCCCAGAUGUCAGACCACCAAGGGGCCGGACCCUCGGUACAAAGUGAUUUGGCUUCCUGGACUGGAUCAUCUAGCUGCCUCACAUCAAGCGAAGACCUGCUCCAAGACUGUUUGUCUCAUGCGCAUCAAGCAACGAUUCGGGGUCCGAGUUCUGGCCAAAGAUGAAGAAACCGCAUUCAAGGCCUUGCGGCCAGGGGUGCCCUUCAUGGAUGUUGAGGUCAAACAGAUCUACAACCUCAUGCCGCUCCCUCACGGCACUCAGAAGUCGGCAGUCAGCGCACUUCUGAAAGAAUGGAAUUGGUCAGCCAAACCCUUGCAACCUGGCAAGGGGAAUGCCGGCUACAUGGCAUGGACCAUCGGCGCUGCCACGCCUCCACCACGGGCUGUCAUGCCAGGGUUCAAGCUCGACGUCCUCAUCACUGACAGGUAUGACGACCUGGCCAAAGAGAUCCGACAGGACAUCCAGCAGGAUCUUGACUCCAAGCUGAAGCAGAUAGGCACAGCCAAUCCUGACACGGAUCAGCGCAUUCUCCAGCUUGAGAGCGGAUUGACAGAAAUCCAGGCACAAAACAAGCAAUUUUCUCAGUGGUUCCAUGACGUUCACCACACUUGCCACAGCACGCAAGCCUCCAUCAGCGAACUUCAACAACAGGCCGUGCACCAGAAGCAAGAAAUCCAGAGAUUGGGACAAGAAGUCCUAACUGGGCAGGCCAAAUUUCAGCAGCUGGUUCAGACAGCGGUGCAUGAGGUCAAGAGUGAUUUUGCUAAGGAGAUGAAUGGCCGCUUCGAUACGCUGGAGGCCAUGAUGGCCAAGAAGGCCAAACACGAAGCUUGA